AUGUCAGUGGAUGAACUUUUGUACUCUAAAUUUGAGGCUAUUCCAUCUGUACUAUCUGGCGACUCUAGUCCAACUCUGCUUGAUCUGGACAGACUGGCACUCACCAGUAAAGAUUAUCUGUGCAAGCAUAUUAUCGCUGCCCUUACAAUCAUUGAUGACGACGACACAGAGACAUGGACUCGACCCAUUGUGUUACAGAGAUUCUUGGAUGUCUCUGAAGACGAUUAUGAUUAUGUGAUGAGCGAGAUUGCAGAAACCGAUAAGCUUAUUUGCAAGCCAGUAUACCUCCCAGAUCUUAAAUGCUUCCUUAUUUCAGAACUGUCCUCGCGCGUUCACAGUAGUUUUCUCCCCCCAAUGCACAUGUGUAUCUGCCGUGCAAUUGAAUCCAUGCCCAUCAAGAGAUCAUGGCCCCUCAUUUUCCCUAUACAUUCAUCAACCAAGAUCACUGUGAAGGGUAAGACAGUUGGCAUACCUGACCUUCUUCUCGAGAUCCAGGGGCCGGCUGAGGAUAUGCCGCUGUGGGUAUUGGAGGUCAGUUCUUCAGAGACAGAUGAAGAAGUCAUGUCAAAGAUGCAGCUUUAUGCGAAGAGGUAUAAGACAGUUCAAGUUCUCACCAACAUUGAAGUCCACGAAUCCAUGCCCUAUGAUGAACCAAAUAAUUUGUCAGAGGCAGCAUUGAUGACAGCACAAGAUGUGGUGGAGUUUGAUGACUGGCAGGAGGCUUUGGGUAACCCAGCCUCAGGGGCUAUUGAGUUCUCAUUGAAGCAUCCAUGGGUCCACCCCUUGAUUAUCAUGAUCAAAACUUGGAUCCGUGAACUGUACAGAUAA